UCGACUCCGGGACUUCAUGCCGUUGGGUUCGCUGCGUGACUCGCAGUUUCGCUGUUUUCCACGUUCCAGAUCGCUCUUCUUCAUUUUCUUGCGAUUGUUACUCUCUGGACUUCACAUCUCGUUCAGAACGUCCUAGAAGAACCUAGUGCAAAUAAACAGGGCUUGACACAGCCGAAACCGAUUUGACGGAAAAUAAACAGAAAUACGUUUGGUUUCAAAACAUUCCACCGAUAAGUUUUUCUUCUCUUUCACAUAAUGUUGCCAAGUAUUAGCUUGUUUGCAAAAUAAAAGUUUCCACUCAUUAAUUGGCAACAACUUGGCCAUGGACGUUUGGCGCACACAAACAUAUUGUAAAUAAUUAAUAGUUAAUAGUGAUGGAAAACAAGCAUGUUAAGAAGAAAAAUUGCAUGAUAUUAAUAAACGCUUUAAGACCUGAUAACUUGAAUUUGCAUCUGGACAUUUGCAAACAUGGUAGAGAAAAUAAUGUACCCAGCAAGGAUGGAGUCCAUUUACGCAGCAAUGGGGCAGUCAACGGCACAGCAGGUGCUGGGAAUGGCGCCGCAGACGGGACCUUCACAGGUGAAGCUGACGCGAUGUCCGAAGUGGCCGUCUCAGGGGGAGACAAGCUGGAGGGGGCGGACGCAGCUGAGGACGACGCUCUUCACCUCAAGAGACGGGUGGGACUCUUCAGUGGGGUGGCUCUAAUCGUCGGGACCAUGAUAGGCUCUGGAAUAUUCGUGUCCCCGUCGGGUCUGCUGAUCCGCACCGGAUCGGUGGGAAUGAGUUUCGUCAUCUGGUUGGCGUGUGGUCUGCUCUCGUUGCUCGGCGCGCUGGCGUACGCCGAGCUGGGCACCAUGAACACCAGCUCAGGGGCGGAGUACGCGUACUUCAUGGACGCGUUCGGCGCGCUGCCCGCCUUCCUGUUCUCGUGGGUGUCCACGCUGGUGCUGAAGCCCUCCCAGAUGGCCAUCAUCUGCCUCAGCUUCGCCAAGUACGCGGUGGAGGCGUUCGUGUCGGAGUGCGAGCCGCCCGACACCGCCAUCAAGAUGGUGGCGCUGCUCGCCAUAGCGAUAAUCCUCCUGAUCAACUGCUACAGCGUGAACCUGGCGACGGGCGUGCAGAAUGUGUUCACGGCCGCCAAGCUGGUCGCCAUCCUCAUCGUCAUCUGCGGCGGCGCCUACAAGCUCGCCCAAGGCAACACGCAGCAUCUGCACGGCGUGUUCGAGGGCACCACGUCGUCCAUGGGCAACAUUGCCACCGCCUUCUACACGGGCCUGUGGGCCUACGACGGCUGGAACAACCUCAACUACGUCACGGAGGAGAUCAAGAACCCGUCUGUGAACCUGCCGCGCUCCAUAGCGAUCGGCAUCCCGCUGGUGACGCUGUGCUACGCGCUCAUCAACAUAUCGUACCUGGCCGUCAUGUCGCCCCUGGAGAUGGUGGAGUCGGAGGCGGUGGCCGUGACGUUCGGCAACCGCCUGCUGGGGGUGAUGGCCUGGCUCAUGCCGCUCUCGGUGACCGUGUCCACCUUCGGCUCGGCCAACGGCACGCUGUUCGCUGCUGGCAGGCUCUGCUACGCAGCCAGUCGCGAGGGUCACCUGCUGGACAUACUCUCCUACGUGCACAUACGGCGCUACACCCCGGCACCUGGACUGAUAUUCCACUCGCUGAUUGCGGGCGCAAUGGUGCUGUCUGGCAGCAUCGACUCGCUGAUAGACUUCUUCAGCUUCACCGCCUGGAUCUUCUACGGGGGAGCCAUGCUGGCGCUCAUCGUCAUGAGAUACACCAAGCCCCACGCGCCGCGGCCCUACAAGGUGCCGCUCAUCAUUCCCGUGGUGGUGCUGGUGAUCUCCUUGUACCUGAUUGUGGCGCCGAUCAUCGACAAGCCGCAGAUAGAGUACCUGUACGCAGCCUCCUUCAUCGUGGCGGGCCUCGUGGUCUACGUGCCAUUCGUGCACUACGGCAUGGUGCCUGCGUUCAUGGACAGCGUCACAGUGUUCCUGCAGAUGCUGCUGGAGGUGGCCCCCACCCAGACAAUGUUCGACUAAGUGCACAUCUGCAGUCCGCUGCUGUACUCCCUGCAGGAUCGGCGCUUGUUUCUACAGACAACGGCAAAACACGAUUAUAGUGAUAUAUUUUCGUUAGUUGUUAUGAGUAGAUCAAAUAAACAGGCUUAUUAUUUUUUAAACGGAAAAAAAUGUUUUUUAAGAAAUUAAGAUAUUAUGAUCUGUUGAUAUAUAUUUAUUAUUGUUGUUACAUGCCUUGUUAAAGAACUUGAUUGCUAAAAAAAAAAAAAUGUUUAUUGCCUGCAUUACAUCAACUGCCAUACUGCUGAGUGGGAGCAAUAAUUUAUUACCAAGUCUUUAAUUUUAAACAUACCUGCAUUUAAUCAUUAUACCAUUAUUUUGUCCUGCAAGGAAAUUUUAAUUGCCUGAACUGCUGGACACAGGACUUGGAAAAACAAACAUUCGCGGACUCUGUUUUCAUAUAUAAAUCUCCUAAAGACAAAUGAUCAAGCAUGGUACUGAACUAUGUCACUCAGUAAGAAUUAAAGUGUGAAUUAGAUUAUGGAAUGCAAAAGGUUACAAAAGUAAUUUUCAUAAGCAAUCAGAUUGCAGAUAUGUGUUAUAUUAUCUUAUGUGAAAAUAGUAAACCAAAAAAGAAGAUAAUAUUUUUCAUCAGAAUCUAAGAUAUCUAGGCAACCAUGGAUUAAGAAAAAUUAUAAUGAUUUUCCUCAUGCAUGUCAUCAUAGCAAUAGUGUGUGGUCAUAGCUGCUUUCAUCUGUGGACACUUUCGAUCAUUUGUAGUGCACACACUAUUAAAUGCUUUAUCCUGAAUUACUAUAAAUUACAUGUGUUUGUGCUUGUGAUGUAUUGUUUUAAUUAUGAUCAUGUGGUUGACGUACAACCGUGAUAAUUUUUUUGACACACGUGUUUGUUUUGAUACAAUUCCAUAUGAUUUUAUAACACCCUCAUCCCAACUUAUAAUCAUCAAAUUUGUGAGUCAAGUGUUGUAUAUGAAUUGAGAGACUGAUAAGAAAUUGAAAGACAGUAUUAUUUUUCCAGUGUGUGUUAAAAAAAAAAAAGAAUCAUUCUGGUGAAACUGUGACAAUAUAGAGAGCACUAACUAAAUGUUGGGUAUUGCGGCACAUGCAUUGUAGGAAAACUAGCUGUAAAUUGUCCAACUGUUUACGUGACCAGCUGUGUAGACGUGCUUCCUACUAGACUGGAGAUACUGAUUUCAGAAUCACACUGAAUCACACGUAUCCACAGAGGCUUGUCUGUGUUAACUGUUUGGCCUACAUGUGAAUCAUUCCUCUGCUGUACCCAAGCCAUUAUGUGGUUAGUUACUUAAUUUCCUUUAAAACUUGCUCGUAAACAAUGGACCCUAAAAGAAUAAGGUUGCAAGUCAUACAUAAACUUUCAUGCCAAGAUUAAUAAUGUGAAUACAAUCAAGCAUUAAAAAAAGUAAAUAUGCAAUGAUAAUGACUUCGAAAUAUUUCUGACCAUAAUUCCAUUUUACAUUGACUACAAGAUGACUUACUGCCUUGUUAUUUUUUAGGGCCCAGAAAUGUCACACUGGGCAAUUGAUUGUAUCAGCUGUAAAAGAAAACAAAAUAAAAUUCCUUGACAGGAAUGAACAUGAAAA